AAGUGAUAGAAAUCUUCUCCUUUCCUGGAAAUCUGGGCUGGGAUGAGAUGAAAUUCUCCUUUAUCCGGGGGAGGAACAAUAAUCAUAAUGUACUCCGAUCUGCUGCACCAGAUACUUAGACAGUGAUAGCCGAUCAUCCAUGGAGGUGUUCUGUCAUGUGACCGGGAUCCAGAUGUAGAAGAACGAAGAGCGAGCAAAGAGAUGGCGGAGAGAUUGAUAAAGGAAAAGAGACGCGUCACCCCCGAGGAUAUCGGGAGGUUCCGCCACCGGCUGUCUGCAUACGAUGAUCCAUCACUGAGGAAGAUAUACGAGUAUUAUAGAGAUGAUCUGACCUACAUCCUGGAGAACAUGGGCCCUCGUACUGCCCUGGUGGAACUAAAAUCUCGGAACGUCUUAAACACAGAGAAAUACGAGCCAAUGGAAAAAGACCCGUCUUCCUUCUCUUACACCUUGUUACAAGAUAUUCGGGAUCGGGGAAGAGAAGCUGUGAUUGGACUCUGGGAAUGUCUCUAUGUUCUACAGGAUGAUGAUCAUCAUCCUAAUUUAUUGGCGGUUCUGGAUGAGAUCACACAGAGAGGUGAGGGUCUGGUGGAUCAGAUUCUGCUGGAUGAACACGGACAUUCCCUGAUUCCGGAGCUGAGAGAUAUUCAGGAAAAGCACAAACAACAUCUGAUGGAGAAGACUGAGACUCUAGAGGAGCAUAGACCCCCAGGAACUACCCUGGAGCCACAAAGAUUCCUCAUAAAUGAACGUUAUGUGAAGCUCAUUGUAGUCUCCACCGUUCAGUUCAGGGAACGUUCCCGGAAUGAACUGAUACAGACUGGGGUAAAACACGAGGAAUGCUUGAAGGAAACACAAACUAGACUGGAACACAUUUCCUCCAACAAGCUGUUCAGAUGGAACCCCCAGUCACAUUCUGUACCACGUGCAGUAAUGGUGAGCGGAGUGCCAGGAAUAGGGAAGACCACACUGAUGCAGAAGUUUGUCUAUGACUGGGUGACCGGAAAACACUACCAGAGAUUUGCCUUUCUCUUCUUCUUCAGAUUCCGGGAACUUAAUAGACUGGGAGAGGUCAGCUUGGAGGAGAUGAUUCUUCAUCAAUAUCCGUAUCUGGAGAGUCAGAUUGGAGAUAUUUUACAAGAUCCAGAGAGACUUCUGUUUAUAUUUGAUGGAUUGGAUGAAAGUCUUCACCAAAUUAAUUUCACAUCAAGUAAACUGUCCAAUCCAAAGCAGAGAUCACAUUUCGGUGAGAUUGUGGUCAGUUUGGUGAGGCAGAGUCUUCUUAAGGGUUGCUCUGUACUGAUGACCAGCCGCCCAACCAGAUUGGCAUCAGUUAAUACAGAUGUUUUCCAGAGGAUAGCUGAGAUCAUGGGAUUUCUCCAUGGAGACAGACAGAUCUUCUUUAAUAAUUUCUUUGGAAAUGAGGAAUUGUCAGAGAAGGCUUUUCAUUAUGUGCAGGAGAAUGACACGCUCUACACUUUCUGUUAUAUCCCAUCAUACUGCUGGAUCAUCUGUACAGUGUUAUCAAUGUGCUUCAGAUCCCAACCAAUCACUGAUCAGCUGAUGACAUCAUUACCCAAAACAAUGACACAACUCUUUGUGACUUUUGUCUCCAACAUUCUGACCAAUCACAGCCAGAAUAAAGAUGGUGGUCACACUGACCGGGAACUGCUGACCUCUAUUGGGUGGAUGGCAGAACAUGGAGUCAUGAAUCACAUGAUUGUGUUUGAUGAGCGUCAUCUGGAGUCAUUCAAGGUGAGGAAUGAUGAUCAUCUCUUUUCAUCUUUCAUGAUGGAAACUGGUCAGCCUCCGGAUGUGGAUUACACCUUCUUACAUCUCACUCUUCAGGAGUUUUUUGCUGCUUUAGUCAAUUUAAUUAAUUAUAAUUCUAAAAGAUUACAGGAAACACUUGAUACAGCUGAAUCUUACAAAGACGGCCGAGGUGAAAUACUCCUCCGUUUCCUCUGCGGUCUCUCAGACUCUUCUACUAGAUCCUUGUUAAAGUCUCAUGUAGGAGAAUUGUCUACUCAGGCUGCCGGAGAUGUCAUCACCUGGAUCCAGAAGAAAUUACCGGAACAAAUACCUGACAAACCCAUAAGAGGCAGCAGAGAGCUUCUUAGUGUAUUCUACUAUCUCUAUGAGAGCAGGAAUAAGGCUCUGGUGUCACAAUGUAUCGGAUCAAAUAAAGGUGAUUUUUCUAAGGUCCCCCUCAGCCCUCUGGACUGCUCUGUGCUGUCUUUUAUCCUUCCAUCCUGCAGAGAGAUCGAAGAAAUAGAUCUAACUUCAUGUAAUGUUCAGAGUGAAGGAUUAAGGAAAUUUAUACCGGCUCUACACAACAUCAAGAGAUUGAGAUUGGAGGAUAAUCACCUGACAGACAGUUCUUCCCCCCACCUGGCAUCUGGAAUAAGAAAUAACCGGACACUGAGGACACUGAACCUGUCUGUGAACAAUCUGGAGGGUCCUCAUUUCAGGGAUCUGAUGGAAGCUCUGACAACAAGCCGGAUAAAGGAAUUACAAUUGUCCUCUAAUCAGCUGACAGACAGUUCCUCCCCCCACCUGGCAUCUGGAAUAAGAAAUAACCGGACACUGAGGACACUGGACCUGUCUAGGAACAAUCUGGAGGGUCCUCAUUUCAGGGAUCUGAUGGAAUCUCUGGCAACAAGCCGGAUAGAGGAAUUACAAUUGGAUGGUAAUCGUCUGACAGACAGUUCCUCCCCCCACCUGACAUCUGGAAUAAGAAAUAACCAGACACUGAGGACACUGAACCUGUCCUGGAACAAUCUGGAGGGUCCUCAUUUCAGGGAUCUGAUGGAAUCUCUGACAACAAGCCGGAUAGAGGAAUUACAAUUGUGGGAUAAUCACCUGACAGACAGUUUCUGCCCACACCUGACAUCUGGAAUAAGAAAUAACCAGACACUGAGGACACUGAACCUGUCUAAGAACAAUCUGGAGGGUCCUCAUUUCAGGGAUCUGAUGGAAUCUCUGACAACAAGCCGGAUAGAGGAAUUACAAUUGAUCUAUUGUCACCUGACAGACAGUUCCUGCCCCCACCUGGCAUCUGGAAUAAGAAAUAACCAGACACUGAGGACUCUGGACCUGUCUGGGAACAAUCUGGAGGGUCCUCAUUUCAGGGAUCUGAUGGAAGCUCUGACAACAAGCCAGAUAGAUGAAUUACAAUUGGAGGAUAAUCACCUGACAGACAGUUCCUCCUCCCACCUGGCAUCUGGAAUAAGAAAUAACCAGACACUGAGGACACUGGACCUGUCUGGGAACAAUCUGGAGGGUCCUCAUUUCAGGGAUCUGAUGGAAUCUCUGGCAACAAGCCGGAUAGAGGAAUUACAGGUUUACCGGAGAGAAUACAGACAUCUCCUGGCUUUUAUAUUUGCUAUUGAUGAGAUAAACCGCAGUCCAGAUAUUCUUCCCAACAUAACUCUGGGAUAUCAUGUGUAUGAUUCUUGUGGACAUGUGAAUAAAGCUAUAAAAGAUGUUCUACAGAUAUUGUCUGGACAUACAAAGGAAGCUCCAAAUUAUUCCUGUAUGGAGCGGGGUGCCCUGGCUGGUUUCAUUGGAGAUCUCAAUUCUGACACCACUCUCCAAAUGGCCCAGCUGCUGAAUCUAUAUGGUUACACCCAGGUCCCAAGAGGUCAAUGCUCCGAGGAAUGUCUUCCGGGGUUCAGAAAAUCUGUAAGAGAAGGAUAUCACCCAUGUUGUUAUAAUUGUGCGCCGUGUUCAGAAGGAGAAAUAUCAAACCAAUCUGACAGUGAAAACUGCAUGAAAUGUCCUGAUGAAGAAUGGCCAAAUGAGAAGAAGGAUCGGUGUGUUCCAAGAGUGGUGGAAUUUCUCUCCUACACUGAUGAUCCCAUUGUUGGAGUAUUUUCAGCUGUCUCCAUCCUCUGUUGUCUUCUGACUGGUUUAAUAUUGGUGAUAUUUAUACAUUACCAGGACACCCCCAUUGUUAAAGCCAAUAACCGGGACCUGAGCUAUCUUCUCCUGGUCUCCAUCAUGCUGAGCUUCCUCUGUGUCUUCUUGUUCCUCGGCCAUCCAGUAGAUGUGACCUGCAUGCUGCGUGUCACCUCUUUUGGUGUCAUCUUCUCAGUUGCCGUCUCUUCUCUACUUGCCAAAAGUAUCAUGGUGUGUAUUGCUUUUAAAUCCACCAAACCUGGGAGCCCCUGGAGGAAAUGGAUGGGAGCCAAAUUGUCCAAUUCUAUCAUUUGUAUCUUCUCAUUGGUUCAACUCAUAAUCUGUAUCACUUGGUUGUCUAUUUCUCCCCCCUUCCAGGAUUGGGACAUUCACUCUUAUCAGGGGAAGAUCAUCAUUCAGUGUAAUGAGGGUUCAGUUAUCGGCUUCUACUCUGUCCUGGGAUAUAUGGGACUUCUGGCAGCUGUGAGCUUCAUUAUCGCUUUUGUAGCCAGGACAUUACCGGACAGUUUUAAUGAGGCCAAGUACAUCACCUUCAGCAUGCUGGUGUUCUGCAGUGUCUGGAUUGCCAUGAUCCCGGCCUAUCUGAGCACCCGAGGGAAAUACAUGGUGGCUGUGGAGGUUUUUGCUAUAAUGGCCUCAAGUUCUGGACUUCUUGGCUGUAUAUUUUUCCCAAAAUGUUACAUAAUUCUGUUCAGACCUGACCAGAAUACAAAAACAGCAAUCCACUAAUAUGUUUGAACACUGGGUUACCAGUAGUCAUAACAUUAUCUCUAUUAUUGUUAAUUUUAGUAUUUUGCUAUGUAAUUUUAGUAUUGAGAAUGAACAUUGUUAUAUAUGAACAUUUAAUACUUACCUCUCUGAUGGAUGGUGAGUUUAAUGUCUGCUCUGGACACCACUGGGAUCAAACACUUUGGGUUGGUUGGAAACCUUGUCCCCUGCGGGGUGUAGUGGUUCCUCCUACCAGCUGUUACAUCAUUACAGAACAAUAUAAUCACUCAGUGAGGAGGAACCACAGUGACCAGAGGAGGACAAAGUAUCCAAAUCAUCCUAAAGUGUCAGAUACCAGAGACACCAUCACUCUUCAAGAGAGGGAAGAUUUCACUCACCACCUUCCCCGAAGAUAAAUAUUAAACAUGUUCUUUUAUCAGCUGAUUGUGAUGUAUUUUUAGUGUCAGGGUCACUUUAUUAUAUUGUAUGUAGAUGUAUCCGGAUAUAUUAAUAAAUGCAUUUUAUUGGUGUAUUCAAAAAUUAUAUUUAAUAUUAGUUAAAGUUGAUGACAUCAUGUCCUCAGCAAUUCACAUGUUAAGAGAUAAGUUGAGUACAUUUGAAAGGAUAUUAACUUUCUCGGACCUAAUAAACAAAAAAAUAUCCUUGUAUAUAUUUCUUUGUAUAUAUUUCUUUGUAAACUUCUACCACAAGGAAGUAUUUGGCUUCCCCAUACAAUGCUGCGGAGACAACACUCCAACCCCACACUUUGCCAGAUCCUGAGAUGAAAACCUCCAAAGCUAAAAACAGGUUCCAGGUGCUCAUUGAUCAAUCAUAGGAUUUAUUCUGAAGAAGACAUUAAGG